AUGCGGAGGAAAAGUAAUCAGCUAGUCAGCUCCCAAGCCUGCACCUCAGAAAUCAGAAACGAGUGUGAAAAACACGAUAAGCAGAACUUUCCACUAAAAUACUCCAUCAGGGAUAAAUUCGAAAAAUUGUGCGGAUUUAGCCCAAGUGAUCUCUCGUCCUUUCACAAAUUUACCGCACUUUUGUACAGACCAGCUGAUUCAGCUAGUUUAGGAGUUGCCCGAGCACUUUUUGGAUUAUGCAUGGUUUUGGACGUCGUGGAGGAACGAGAAUUAGCAGACGUCGAUAUAAAAUGGGGAGAUCCGAGGGACUGCCAUUUUCCACUUAUCCACGGAAUGAAACCUCCCUCGUUACCAUGGAUGAUACUGAUUUACACGAUAAUGUGGAUCGGAGCUUUCGGAAUUAUGCUCGGCUUCCGGUUCAAACUAGCCUGCGCCUGUUUCGUUAUCCCUUAUUGGUACAUCUUCCUGCUGGAUAAGAGCUACUGGAACAAUCACACGUAUCUCUACGGGAUCGUUGCCGUUCUCUUCUGGGGUACGGAGGCUAACAAGUACUUAGCAUUGGAUGCGAGAAGAUGGAAAGGAACGAAGAGCACGGUGCCGCUGUGGAAUUACUUCAUUCUGAAGUUCCAAUUUUUCGCUCUGUACUUCUUGGCCGGACUGAAGAAAUCCGGCACGGAAUGGCUGUCAGGCUACGCCAUGACAAAUCUCUCGACGCACUGGGUGUUCAGCCCGUUCAAAUUAUUCUUGACCACCGAGCAGACUGAUUUUUUCAUAGUUCAUUGGUUUGGUUUUAUCUUUGACCUUACGGUCGGAUUUUGGAUGCUGUUCGAUAAAACCCGUAUCCCUGCAAUGAUUUUCUGCACAGCCUUUCACUUAAUGAACUCUCGAUUAUUCAGUAUCGGAAUGUUUCCGUACGUGUGCCUCGCGACAAUGCCACUUUUCUGCAGUCCAGACUGGCCUCGAAGGUUCGGCUCCCUUCGGAAACGCAAUUUGAUCCCUUCGUUCCUCGCGACAAAUCGAAACACCAGGAAAUCCACGAAAAUUUCCAACAGCCAACCAGAAGAAACACGCGAGAAACGUAUUUCCAACGACGAAACUUCGAACAGUAAAAGUAACGAACACUCCAGCAACGAAGUAGACAGAGAAACACGCGAGAACGAAGAGAAUCUGAUAAAAGCAAGGAGGUCUGCGAUUAAUUGCAAAAGUAUUAAGGACGCCAGCUGCAAAUCGAUUAAAGUAACGAAGAAACAGAAGUUCGUAGUCUCUCUACUAUUAUUUCAUGUAUUUCUACAGUUCUUCUUACCAUAUUCACAUUUCAUUACAAUGGGUUACAACAACUGGGUGCCAGGAAUGUACGGUUACUCCUGGGACAUGAUGGUCCACGUUUGGGACACUAUACUCGUCGUAAUUAAAGUCCACGACAACCUGAGCAACCAGGAUCGAUACUUGGAUCCAAACGCAUGGGUGCAGUCGGAUCGAUGGGAGAAACACGGAGAUAUGGCCAGGCAAUACGCUUUCUGUCUGAGAGACAAUCUGAUCGAGCAAGAGAGUCAGCUGUUCGAUAAGAAUCGCCAGCGAGAUAGAAAGUCCAAGUGGACGCGACUGUCGUCGAACUUGAGCAUCUACAUCGACGUCUGGUGCUCGCUGAAUGGAAGAUUCCAGCAGAGAAUGUUUGAUCCGAGUGUUGACUUGCUAACUGCAGAUUGGCACCCACUUAAGCCGAUCUCGUACUUAAUGCCUCUUCUCUCGCAGUAUAAUUCGUACAGAUACAAAUUGGAGGAAAUUCAGCAGCACGUUUACACAUGGUCCAACGACACAGACGUUCUCUUCGUAGCUGACUUUCCAGGAAUGCAUCUGGACAAUUACAUCACGAAGAAUUUAACGAACGUGACGUUGACGGUACUGGAAGGCGAGGUGACGUACAGCGACGAGAAAGAAGAGAACGGUAUCGUCGUCUCGAAAGGAGCCUCGAUCCCCAUAGAAACCGGCCAAUUUCACAAAGUGAAAACAACCAGCGGUUAUCCAGCCUGCUACAUGUACACCUACACCAAUCGGAACAAGGAACAAUCGGACGUGGACGGAAUAAUGGAGCAGGAAGAAUCGAGGGAGGAUCUGUCGAUCUCGAGGGAAAUUAAUUACAAGAUCGACGCUUGGACGAGAUCGCUGAAUCACAUAGCGAACGCGUUUUUCUAUCUGGUCUACGACGUUCCGAUGAUUCGAAGAGUACAAACGAACAAAUAA